AGAGUUUAAUCACGUGACAGUCGCUAAAGCAACAUGGCGGAUGCUCGUAGGAUGACCGUAGACGGAGGAGAAACGCUGCGAUAUGCUGAAUAUACUUCAAAAACAAAUGUCAGGAGCGAUGCCGGUAUAGAUUCACGGCUGGGAGGGGCUCUGAUUGCAGUUGGUCUUGGUGUGGCUGCUGCAGGUUUUGCAGGCCGCUAUGCAUUCCAGCUGUGGAAGCCUCUUGGACAAGUCUUCGCUGAAACUGUCAGGAAGGUGCCCACAUACGGCGCUUUCUCACCAUAUUACAAAGGAGGUUUUGAGGGGAAGAUGUCCAAACGAGAGGCCAGCCUUGUUCUUGGCAUCAGCGCAACCAGCACUAAACUCAAGGUACGCGAUGCACACCGGAAGAUCAUGGUUCUGAAUCAUCCAGAUAAAGGUGGGUCACCGUAUCUCGCUGCUAAGAUCAACGAGGCCAAAGACCUUUUUGACAAGGAGAACCGGCAUUGAACUGCAGAUUUAACGAACACUUUAAAGACUUCAAUCAUCUGGUGUAGGUGCUCCAUCAACAUCGAGGCUCCGCUUCUGGAAGCAAACAUAUACAUUCAUCAUGACAGUUUUCUUCUUAACUUAUCUCCAACCUAAUGUUUUAACAUAAUGAAUAUAUAAAUACAUAUGUAAAUUAAAAGUGAAGGAGAUUGCCUUGAAGGGACUUGAAAGUGAAUUUGUAUAUAAGUAAAGGCAUAGGUGGGUCAACUGCAUCAACCACAACAUUUUGUAUAGAGUUGUUUCUUUUGAAAGAACAAGAUAAAUAUACAAUACUUUAAUUCCAUUUUUAAACAGUUGAUGUGAACAUUCUUUUUUUUUUUUUUAAAUAAACUUGAUAUUAUAAUCCAA